AGCAAAAACUUAGGUAGUGCCAAACACUUUGCAGUGCAUUAUAUAUUAUAUUACUGUGCAUUCAUGGAUCCACCGCAAUCAUUGGUGUUCACGGUGAGGCGGAGGGCGGCGGAGCUGGUUUCUCCGGCGGGGCCGACGCCUCAGGGGGUUAGGUAUCUGUCGGACAUUGACGACCAGGAAGGGCUGAGGUUUCAGAUUCCGGUGAUUCAGUUUUACCGCAACGAUCCCGGAAUGAAGGGGAGGGACCCCGUGAAGGUUAUUCGGGAGGCGGUGGCGAAGACCCUGGUGUUUUAUUACCCCUUCGCCGGUCGGCUCCGGGAGGGGCGUGGCCGGAAACUCAUGGUGGAUUGCACCGGGGAAGGGGUUAUGUUCAUCGAGGCCGACGCUGACGUCACGCUGGCGGAGUUUGGUGACGCACUCCAGCCGCCGUUUCCAUGCUUGGAGGAACUUCUUUAUGAUGUUCCUGGAUCCGGAGAAGUUCUCAAUUGCCCUUUGAUUCUUAUUCAGGUUACCCGGCUGAAAUGCGGUGGCUACAUCGUGGCAUUGCGUCUGAAUCACACUAUGAGCGAUGCACCGGGUCUUGUCCAAUUCAUGAACGCCGUAGCGGAGGUGGCGCGUGGCGCGAGUGCGCCAUCUGUGCAGCCAGUGUGGCAAAGGGAAGUGAUGAAUGCGAGGGACCCACCCCGGGUGACAUGCACGCACCACGAGUACGACGAAGUGCCGGAUUCCAAGGGGACAAUUAUACCAUUAGACGACAUGGUUCACCGCUCUUUCUUCUUCGGGCCGUCGGAGGUCGCCGCUCUCCGGCGGCACCUCCCCGUCCACUUACGCAAGUGCUCCACUUUCGAGCUGCUAACGGCGUGCCUGUGGCGGUGCCGGACCACCGCCCUCCGCCCCGACCCGGAGGAGGAGGUGCGCGUGCUCUGCAUCGUCAACGCGCGCCCGCGGUUCAACCCUCCGCUCCCGGAGGGAUACUACGGCAACGCGUUCGCCUUCCCCGUGGCGCUCACCACCGCCGAGAAAUUGACCAAAAACCCCCUGGGAUACGCGCUGGAGCUUGUGAAGAAGACCAAAGCCGACGUCACCGAAGACUACAUGAAAUCCGUGGCGGACCUAAUGGUCCUCAAGGGACGCCCGCAUUUCACGGUGGUCCGGACUUAUCUCGUCUCCGACGUCACCCGGGCCGGGUUCGGCGACGUGGAUUUCGGGUGGGGCAAGGCGGCGUACGGCGGCCCGGCUAAAGGAGGAGUCGGCGCCAUCCCCGGCGUUGCCAGCUUCUACAUUCCGUUCACGAACAAGAAAGGAGAGAAAGGAAUCGUGGUUCCUGUUUGUUUGCCGGCGUUCGCCAUGGAAACGUUCUUGAAGGAGCUUGAUAGCAUGUUAAAGGGAGAAGGUGAAUUCAUCAACGAUGAUAGUUACGCAUUCAUCAAAUCCGCCCUUUGAAUAUUCAUUGUAGAGCUGAAUUGAGUACGUGUUUAAUUUGUGUAAAACUAUAAGUCCUAUCCCUUUGAGAUGUAACUUUCAUUCUAUACUUUGAUUACUUGGUCUAUAAAUGUGUAUCAGUACUUGUAAGUCAAAUUCGGUUUUUUGUACGAGUGGACGGUUUGUACAAAUAUAUAUUUAUCAAUUAUUGGUUCACAUAGUUGUGUAGACA